CCCGAACCUCGGCCUGAAGGGACAAGGGACAACACACAACUGGAACAAACACAAACAGCUUUUUGCUCAACAGAGAAACUAGAGGCAAUGGUGGACAAACAAGCGGACACCCUCAUGCUCAGAGAGGCUCUGCUGCUCAACGAUGCUGGAAAUGCCGAUCGCAGCGACGACAACGAACGCGGCACUCUCGGGGAAGCAGAAGAACGCACAACCUUUGCUACCAGAAACCAGCAAUACCUAGAAGUGACAUGGGACGACUUUCCCAGGCUGUACUUCUGCUUGAAUCUUUUAGAACCAAUUGCAACCACAUCCUCGGGAUCGUGCCCAAUCGCAGAGAGUACCAAUGAUGGUCCCCUCAUCCUCUCUUUGGACGGAGACACAGCAGAAGGGGCAGAAGAUCAGAUCCAGCAUCCAAAACUCCUAAAAUGUCUGGCCUGGUUGCUAUAUGAAUGGGUACAUAAAUGGCAAUUCGUCCUUUAUGCCCCCCACAUUUUCGUGGCGUCCAUGUUCGUCAUCACAGCGGAUACCAUGAAGCAGGAUUGGGAUUUCUUUUGCCUCUGGUUGUUUUUGGUUUCUUCGGCGCACUUAUUUCUUCUCUGGGUGGCAGCACUGGUCCUUCCUCUGGAUCGCUAUUCAGGGGUACAGGUUGCCGAUUUGACUGGAACGGCCGUUGUGGGAGGUUUGAUCUUAUUCUGCGGCUUAGCUCGCAGCGACUAUCGCUUCGAGCAAGAUAUUCUCCCGUCCUUGCUCUUGGGGAAGUUUAUAUGGUUGGCGUUGACACUGCGGGUAAGAUCCUGCAUCUUCUCCGACAAUCAACGAAAACAACGGUCCCUGGUCUUGAUUUUUGGACUGCUCUCUUUGGCUUGUGCGGAUGCGGGUGCGGUUGUCUGGGCGCUUGCCGCUAUGUUGUUGUACCUUGCCACUAUGUUGGCCACUAUGUUGUUGGACCUUGCCUAUGUGUUGUUGUUCCUUGCCACUAUGUUGUUGUCCCCCCUUGCGUUUUUCGGGAUCUGCCGCGCGUUUCGGAAUACAGGACGCUUCAUAAGCUGUCUCGCCUUCGUUUGCCCCUGUCUUCAGAUUCGAGACUUGAAGCGAAUGGAGUUGGAUGCCUUUGAGAUGGAGUACGACCAGGAAGACGCUGCUCAAGCCAAUGUGGAUCAACAGAUACACCAGCUGGGACGACCGAUGCACACAGUAUCCACAUACCUUGAACGGGGACAAAAGUCAUUUGCCACAACGGCUGGUUUGCUGGCUCUAUGGACGCUAAUAUGGACAUAUUGGCUCUGUGCUUUGGUGAUGUCCUAUACCAUGGAUUUAGUGGAACCGGUAGUCUAGCCAAGGCUUGAUCAAAGAAUGGUUGGGCCCUUCAAGUCAUAUAGUCUACCAGCUAUUCGUCGUAACAGAGCUUUCGCUUCUUCCUCUUCUUGUCGGGACGGGGACUUACUUGUCCAAGCCUCCUCCUUUCUAAAGUACCGGUAGCAGCAAGUGUGGAGUGGUUUCAGGCUGUCGGACAUCACGAUCGCAAAACUACAUGUACUAUGAUACCAGUAGCUAGAUUGUGUGCAUUUCAACCGCCGGCCAAGCAAUCUGCGAGCGACUUGUCUGCUUACCAUGCAACACACGCUGAUGAAAUCAUCGAGAUACAGCACAAUGAAAUGCAGUUACUAGGUUGUUACAAAUGAAAAAGGUUGCUUUCAAAGCUAAUGGGAGCUUGGAAGAACAGUCGACAACAUUCGAUGAAGACGACCAUAUUGAGCGAGGAGGAAUGAAGGCUCGUGCUGUCGUUUGUUUUCGUUGUCUUAGCGAUCACUGUCACUUGUCUGUUUACUGGUAAGCCAGUGGCGGCAAGGACAUCAUUUUGUCGUUGGGGUUUCUCAUCUUUCUCAUGGAUGUGAUUCCCAGAGGGGCACGUGAGGUAUCCGUGUAGGCACUCAUUUCACUAAAGGGAGUGGUGUCGUAUCCGUCGUCUGUGAUCCCUCUUUCUGGUGUGCGGUUGAUGCCCAAUCCUUCUGCAGCGUUUUCCUCCUUGCUAGAAGCUCCAAUGAUGCCACUGGGAGCGGUUGCAUUGUCGUCAUCAUCUUCGUCCUCGUCAUCCUCAUCGCCUUCGUAGCUCUGUGAGUCGGCAACAUCGACUCCUCCAGAUUCCUCGUCAUCGUCCUCGUCGGCACUGUAGGUGUUACGUUGGUUUUUGAACCAAUCAAUUUGCUCGUCAAGCUUUUCUCGAAGAUCGCGCCAUCCACCAGCUACGUACACGAGGACCGAUAUUACGAGUACCAAGGAAGCACAGAGGAGUGUGCAGGCCAAGAUGAGUGUCUUGUCGGCUUUUUCCUUGGAGAUUCCAUCAUCCUCGACUUGCCACAGCUUUUGUGCCGGUGGCUCUGCCGUUUUGAAGUUGAUAACGACAGAUUCUGCAGAUCCUCCGAGAAUAUCGUAGAUGUCAUCCAACAGCAUAUCCGCGACGUUUUCUUUUCGAGACAAUCGAAUCAGGAUGGAUGCCAUGUCCGGAACUCCUGCCUUUGCCACGUAGAGUACAUCUACUACAGCAUUCAUGUGAAAGUUGGACUCCUGUCUAGUGACGUUUUUGACAUGCAAGUCCACAGCCAAGACUUGCUGUUCUGGGAGAAGACCAACAUCGGAUUCGCUUUCUUUCUUCAUUGUUGUGUGAAGGAGAACGACAAUGGCGCUCUCAAACUCGUUGAUCUCUUGGAGAUUCAAGGAACUGACGUUGUUGGCAACCCAAUCCAACUCCAUAAUGGCACUGGAGGAGAAGAACUAUAUGAACAAAAUAAAAUACACAAGAGCCAAGUGAUGCGAAUGAGACGAGCUGAAGUUUGAAUGGACAAAAUUCGAGGGCACAGUCAUGAUGAAACUCACAGCUUGUGGGUUUCCGAAAGCAGAGGACGCAUAGGAAAGCACCAAGAGACAAGUCGCUAGAAACACUCGGGAAAUCAUGGUUGAUGGAUGAAGACUAGCAAAGCGAUGAAUGAAGACUAUCAAGGCGAUGAUGAAUGAAUAUACUCGUCUGGUUCAGAAGUUGUGAUGCCUUGCCCCUGUGUUGUCGUCGGAAAGCAAAAUGUGGCUGUUGGUUUUACGGUAGCAGCACGACUCUAAGUCGUCACGUUGGCCGUUCACGAGCGAUAUAUUUAGCUUAGGGUACAUACAACGGCAGACCGGAGCUGCUGCCGACGCGUUGCUUGCGGAGCAGUUUUCAACGUGGCCUUGAACGGGGAAAUGGUACCGUAAGUGCGCUGAGGCCUCAAGCAAACCAGUGCGAACUGGUGAGAGCUACAGGCGCACCUUCAUUUUUCUACUCCUCGUUACACAUAUUACUUUAAAAGUUAUCGACUGACAUCAGACUGGA